CCUACCUAUCAUAUGAUUCAGUGUGGGUGGUUGCAAAAAUGCCCAGACUUCUGUGCCCCUUCAGGAUGAGGCAGUAAUUGCUUUUGUCAAAUAUCUCUUCCAGACUUCCCAACCCAUAUUAUAGUUUAACUACCUAGGUUAGAUUACCUUCGAACGUAGGGGCCUGCGUACCCCUUUCAUUCCAAGAUGUCGGCAGAUCAGUUUGUCACUCUGUCGCCCGCCGAGCAGCAAGCAGUUCUCAAUGGGCCUGCACUGCUGCCCCCCGACGGAAUGCAAUCCGACUUCCUGAACCCACCAAACCACACUGCUAUGGCGUUUGCCGCGACUACUCUCUGUCUCGUCGUAUCGUCUCUUUCUGUUAUUAUCCGGCUCUAUUCCAGGUUCUUUUGUACCAAAACACCCGUCAUUGAAGAUUAUCUAGUCAUAGCAGCUUUUGGGACCUACGUUGGUUAUAUCUAUGUUACUUACUGGUUACUUGACGACAUUGGAUUUUUCGUCCAUCAAUGGGAUAUCCGGGUCAAGGAUAUGACCACGCACUUAUAUAUCGUUCACAUAGGAACCAACCUAUACUCAGUUACCAUGAUUAUCAUGAAAGCAUCUAUUCCGAAAGAAUGGUGUCGUAUAUUUUCUCCACAUCGGUCAAGAGCCAGCUUCUACUGGAUAUGCCACACCAUCAUGGUUCUGAACAUUAUUUUCUACGCCAUCGCGAUCCUAGUAGAAAACUUCUCCUGCUUCCCACACGAUCGAAUAUGGGAUCAACUGAUCCCAGGAAGCCAAUGCCUUAACAUAAACGCCAUCCUUAUUGCCGGAGCAAGUAUUAAUAUUGUCCUUGACUUUAUGAUCCUGAUACUCCCACAAAGGGUAAUCUGGGGCCUUCAGAUGUCAAGAAGCAAGAAGAUUGGUGUUUCGCUAGUUUUUACUAUUGGUCUCUUUGCCUGCGCAUCCGCAGUUGCUCGACUUGCCUACACCAUCAAGUACUAUUUCACCGAAGACAAGGCUUACUGGCUAGGGGCAUUAUCGCUUUGGUGUAUCGCCGAGAUGACGUGCAUGUUUUUCAUCUUUGCUGGACCUGCCAUCCCAGCAGCGUUCAAAGGAUCGCGGCUACUAUCCAUGCUAUCCACGACGUUCAGAUCGUGGUUGGGCACGUCCAAAAAGACCACGGAUAUUUCCGAUCGCAAGUGGCCGCUCCCGGGGCAACGCCAACCAAGCACGUUCAAACGCUAUCGGAAGAUGGACGAAAACAAUGUCCCUCUCACAACACUGUCGUCGAUUGACCAGAUGGGGCCCGAGUUAUCAGAGCCCAAAAGACCGGCACAGGGAGUAGAGUCGGGGAUCGUGUUUACGACGGAAUUCACUACGAGGGAGGAGAUACUUGGGGAUGGAAGACAGGAAGAGGACUUUAGGAAUCAUUGUCCUUGGGAACCUACCCCCCAUGCACGAUAGUGGUAGGCUUUUCUUCCUAGUAUUGGCGACAACAGACACGACUUGCAUAGAAGCAGUGAAAUGGCGAUUUUGUACUUUAUGAAAUUGUCAGAGAUACCCGUUGAGUGAUGUCAUACACAGAGUGAGUGUCUAGGGUAGGUAGACCAAGUAAUAUAUUGUAUUGAUCUAGUAACGCCUGGC